UGUUAGUUUUAUACUGCCAUCUAUCCCACGCCCCUAGCUAGCUGCAUCCUAGCUCUAUCGGCGCAAUGUUGCGACGCCGACGCUCGUCUGUCGUCCAUGCCGUUCUCUUCUUCGCGGCGGUCGCGCUCCUCGAGUCGCUGGCCGCCCAGCCGUGGCCGAAAUGCGGCAACGGCGGCACGUUCACAGCAGGGAGCACCUACGAAACCAACCUCAAGAACCUCGCGCUCAUCCUCCGCACGAACGCCUCCUCGGGGUCCUCGCCCACCCUCUUCGCCUCCGGCGCCCUCGGCUCCGCCCCGGACACCGUCUACGGCCUCUUGCUCUGCCGCGGCGACCUGAGCUCCUCCGACUGCGCCGGCUGUGGCACCAACGUCUCGAGGGACGCGGUCGCGGGGCCGACCUGCAACCGCACCAAGGACGCCAUCCUCGUCUACAACGAAUGCUACGCCCAGUUCUCCGACAAGGGCGACUUCCUCGCCGCCACCGACAACUCCGGCGAGUACAGCGCCCUCCAAAGCGGCACCAACAUCAGCAGCACCGACGUCGCGGGCUACGACCGCGCGGUCACCGAGCUCCUCAACGCCACCGUGCAGUACGCGGUGGAGAACUCCACGAGGCUGUUCGCCACGGGCCAGCGGGUGGGCACCGACCCGGGGUUCCGUAACAUCUACUCCAUGGCGCAGUGCUCGCCGGACCUGUCGCCGGGGCAGUGCCGGAGCUGCCUCGACGGCCUCGUGGACCAGUGGUGGAAGGGGUUCUUGUUCCCGCGGAACGGCGAAGGCGCGAGGGUCUCCGGCCCGCGCUGCUCCCUGAGGUCCGAGCUGGGGCCGGGCCCCUUCUAUACCGGCAGACCGAUGGUGCUGUUGCCGGUCAAGGCCGACGGGCUCACGCCGGCGCCGGAUGUUGUGCCUGCCAUUACGGGAGGUAAGAAUAAUUCAGCAAGCAAAAUUCUGGUAAUUACCUUGCCGACAGUGACAGUUGCCAUCGUAGCUGCAAUUUCCCUUUGUAUCUGGAAUGUGCGUAAGAAGAGAAGAUUGGCAAAAGCAGACUCCAGACCUGAUAGAACCGAGGAUUUUGAAAGUGUCAAGUCAGCACUGUUAUCUCUGACAUCACUGCAAGUGGCAACCGAUAACUUCCACAAAAGCAAGAAGAUUGGUGAGGGGGGAUUCGGUGAAGUUUAUAAGGGAGUUCUUUCCGGGCAAGAAGUGGCCGUGAAGAGGAUGGCCAAGGACUCUCACCAGGGGCUACAAGAGCUGAAAAAUGAGCUAAUUCUUGUUGCCAAACUUCAUCACAAGAAUCUUGUUCGUCUCAUUGGUUUUUGCCUCGAAAAAGGGGAGAGACUGCUCGUCUAUGAGUAUAUGCCAAACAAAAGCCUCGACACCCAUCUUUUUGACACAGAGCAAAGGAAACAGCUAGACUGGGCCACACGAUUUAAGAUCAUAGAAGGUACCGCUCGGGGACUCCAAUAUCUUCACGAGGACUCUCAGAAGAAGAUCAUCCACCGUGAUAUGAAGGCAAGCAAUAUUUUGCUGGACGCUGACAUGAACCCUAAGAUUGGGGACUUUGGCCUCGCUAAGCUCUUCGCGCAGGACCAGACUCGAGAAGUCACGAGCCGCAUUGCUGGGACAUUCGGUUACAUAUCUCCUGAAUACGUGAUGUGCGGGCAGUACUCUACGAAAUCAGACGUGUUCAGCUUCGGCAUUCUCGUAAUAGAGAUCGUGACAGGCCAAAGAAGGAACAGUGGGCCAUAUUUCUCUGAGCAAAAUGGUGUAGAUAUAUUGAGCAUAGUAUGGAGGCACUGGGAAGAGGGGACAACAGCAGAGAUGAUCGACCAUUCCUUGGGAAGAAACUACAAUGAGGCUGAGGUGGUAAAAUGCAUCAACAUCGGACUCCUAUGUGCCCAGCAAAACCCUGUAGAUAGACCUACAAUGGUGGAUGUCAUGGUUUUGCUUAACAGCGACGCUACUUGCCCUCUACCGGUUCCUGCACCUAGGCCAACAUCUUCGAUUGAUGGAAGCUCUGGUUACUCAACAGGUUACUCAACAUAAUGGUCUGGUUGGUAGCUGGGAGCUAGAUUUGUCACCGAUGUUGUUGCUUUCUGUUGUUUCAUAUUGAAACUAUUCAUUCUCGAUUUGCAAUCCGUAGCAUCCAACUUCAAUUAAUGAAGAGUUUCGGGGGACUAUUACUCCUCAGGGGUUAUAUAUAGUUUAACUAGUUGAUACCCCGUGCUUUGUUGCGGGAUAUGUGAAUGAAUGCAUGUUAUACAUUAUAAAAAUGGUAAAUGUAUAUGUUUAAAUAAUGUGAAAAUGAUGAGUAGAUAAUAAUUUGCCAUUGCUUGUAUAUUGAGUUCUAAUAAUACAGCAAAAUUGUAAAUGAUACGUAAUGUUUGCAUGAUAUUUAAAAUACUCUAGAUAAUAAUUGCUAGUGUGGGUGAUGAUGUCGCACACUUGCAUGAUGAGUUUUAGGAGUUAAUGGGCAUCAAUUUUAUAGUA